AUGACAACGCGGUUUGUGCCCAUAAAUUCAAUGGGACCUUAUCCUGUCGAUAAAAAACCACGGUUGCUAAAAGAGAAAAACGAGCUGGAAAUGAGCUCCGAAGAUCAUUCCUCUAUUGUGAGCGGCCAGCAACGCGUUAGACCAGACUCUCCUGAUAAUAAUGAAGAUGACGACCACUGCGAUUUUAUCAACUACAGUCCCCAAGACCUUAGUCUUAUGAUACGAUGGUCUUUAGCCCAGUCUCUUAAUGGACCCUCCUAUAUACGCUCGAUUUCCGUCAUGACCCUAAGUCAAGCACUUUUCCUGGAGCCCGCGCUCGCAAACUACCUAGACCUUACUGAUUUACGCGUUCUCAGGGGUGAAGAAAAUCCCUUACAAGUUGCGAAAAGUCUCCUCGUUACCGUUUCAAAUCAAAAAUCCCCACGACUCUAUCCUAAACCAACAAAACAAGGACCGUGGUACACAGGCUCUAUUCGACAUAUGGACCCUCUCGUGUGCCCCCAUUUUUGGCUGGCUGCAAGUCUAGUGGAACGCUUUCACCUCCAUGGUGCUGAUCCCCAAUUAGCACUAUCAGAAGCUUCCCCUGAAUUUUUCAGUUCUAUAAAACUAUUCCAUGAUUAUAGCGGCUCGCAUUCUAAAGAUAAUCCUACCGAACCCUUUUCAUGGGAGUCUCAAAUCAAUGAUAUGGCCAAAAUGCGUGAGGGUUCGGGAUGUAACUGGUUUAGACCUAUUAAAGAUGCCCCACGCGCUGCUGGUCUUGUGUUCGCUCUUGAAAAUGGUGCUGUUUCUUCAAAUAUUUUACGGCUGUCAUCCUGGGGAGAACAGGACUUUGAAGGUGUCGAUAUUUGCAGAAGUGUCAAAGAAAUCCCCAGUUCUGUCGUUGCAUGUGCAGCCGGGGCUAAAUCAAAUGGUCACACUUUGGAAUACCGUAUGGUGAGAGAUCGAUGUGAUCCAUCCCUUGAACUUAAGUCGCUUUUGUUCCCAUUUAUUAAUGAAGAGCUUAUCUUUGGCACAGGCCCCCGUUCAUCCCUCGAAGAUAAGUCUAAAAUGGAAUUUGAUGAUCUUCGUCGUGUAACUUUUGUUGUUUUAGACUAUUUGCGCGAAGUCUUUCUGCAAGAUUUUAUAUUUGUUGCCGACAGACUGGGUCCAAUUUUUUAUCAGUUACCUAUUGCCAAUCUUCCAAUUUUUAAAACAAAAGCCUAUCGCCAGUUUUUGACUCUCCAAAAAAAUGUGUUUAAUAUUAAAACAGAAAGCAUGCCACCUGAAUACCAAGAACAAGAAAAUGUCGAAUUAGUGGAUUCGCCAAAUAGACUGGGCAAGCGUUCAGGACUAGAUCAUGGCUCGCGAGAAGCCCUUAAAUCCAAAAGGGCAAAAACUUCAAGCUCUUCAGAGUCUCGAAAAUCAUCAACUCAAAAAGGUUCUGAAGAAAAAAGAGAGAGAAAAAGAAAUUCAAUCGAUCUACCUGAAAUUUCUUCUGAUCUGGAUCUGUUUUCUCUUAACACUCGAAAACCAUCUCCUGAGCUUAGCAUGGAUGUGGAAAACUUAUCUGAGAAUGAGAAACCUUUAAGAAAAAAAAAACGCACAAAGAUUAAGAAAACAGGUGGUUCCAAGAAACAGGCACAUGAAAAAGGUUUGGAAGAAGACUCUGUUGACCUUUCUGUCCAAAAGCAAAUUGUCUUUGACAUUAGCUCUUCUUCUGAAAGAGAAUUAUCGUUGCCACCGCCAGUAUCUUUGUUACGCAAUAAAAUUCCUCGGAAACAAAAGGUAGCCCAGCCUGAACAAAUCUCUCAGCCACGCAUGACAAGAGCGCGUGCUCAACAGCAGCACCAGCAGCAACAACAACAACUACAACAACAUGUUCAAAAUGAACUUCCGGAAAAACAGAGUCAAGGGGCUUUUGAAAUUGAAGAGAACGAGCUCAAACUACCAGAGGAUUCAAUAGUGUCUGAUGGUGGGAAAUUAGUGAAAAAAAAUGACCCAGAAAUUAACUCACUUGGAGCUUUAGAAGAUUCAAAUGUUGGAGAAGUGGCUGCUACACAACAAAUAGCUCCAGAGAGUCCUGAGUAUGAAACUAACGAUAAUACAAUAAAACCCAUAAUCACUGGAGACAGCCAAGCAAAGACUGCUGUUGAAGAAAGUCUUUUAGAGAAAACUACAAUCGCCAAUACUAGUGGUUUUAAACAAACUGUUCCGAAGAGUGCUGAGAAUGUGACUGCUGCAGAAACCGCUACUACUAAACUCGCUUUUAAAGCUAUUUCUUUUGAGAACCCCAAAAAUUCUGUUUCUGAAAACCUGGCAGAGCAAAAUGCUCCUGAAAUCCCAGUGGAGCCUGUUGUUUCUAAUAAUCCUGCAGAAACCAUUUCUUCCGAAAGAAAUUCGAAACCCCUCGUCAUUCCAAAAUCUGAGAAAACCACUGUUGAAAAUCAUUCAGUAAAGAAAUAUGGAACUAAGAAGCAAGUUGACCGUACUGCUUUUUCUCAUGAAAUACCAGCUGAAACAAAUACCUCUAAAAACCCGUCAAUGGCAAUUGUUUCUGAAAGUUCUUCAAAGCCAAGGACUCCAGUUGUACCCCUUAUGUCAAAAGCACUUGUGGACAACGCAGAAUCAAGUCCUGAAGAAAAUUCACCUGGGUCAAAUAUGGAACCUCCUAGCGAUUUAAUUUCUGAUGAGGAAGCCAGUGAAACUUCUGCUCCUCGAUCAUCUGGUUCAAAAACUCCUAAAAGCUCUGCUCUAGAAAAUUUGGCGGACUCCCCUACUGUGGAAACCCCUACACAAACGCAUCCACAGAAACCAACGCGCAAACCAAUACGAAAACCUUUGCCAAAACCUCCAAAGCCCUCUAAAACAACUGAAAAUGAUGCUACUUCUGAGGAAUGCACAGCGGCACGAGAAACAAUAGUGGAAGAGUCGGACACAGGUCCAGUCACUAUGGAGGCAUUGAUGGCAGAGUUGCAACACAUGCGCACAGAGUUUACAGGAACAAAUAAUAAUUUACGUGCCGAGCUGGCACAAGCACGGCGGGAUAUUACAAGCCUUAAGAAAGAAGUCCACAAUGUGCGUUUACUGCUAGGGCGACCUCAAUCUAUUCAUGGAGCCCGAAAUGGUCCAGCAAGCUCUGAGCUGACUAGAGUUACCCGCUCGAUAACUUCGGGUGCUUCGUUCAAUAACAAUGACGAGGCGCCAGUGCUCACUGAGGAAGAUGGGGUAGAGGACAAUAAUGAAUUAAUUACUUCAGCUUCAAAUGUCUUUCAUGCUAUGGCUCCCAUGGUCCCUAUGGUUGAAGAAACUGUAGAGGUAAAAUCAAACAGUAAUUCACCAUACGACAAUGAGUUUACGUUUUUGCAUUCUCCAGGAUCGUUUGAGGAAAUUUGGGAAGAGUUCACCAAACCUUCAAGAUCUGGCAAGCUUUCUGCAAUGGAUAUGGAAGCCAAGUAUGGCACGCGAUGGCGACGAAAUAUGGCCGUCAAGCGCACGUUCCGGCGACGCAGAAAUGUCUAUGAUGCCAUCUACUGCGGACUCAAAAGAGGUUUGGAACUGGAAGAGUGUUUUUUGAUUUUGGAACAGGCUAGGCUGGAGGCCAAAAUGUCAAUGUCCAUUUUUAUAAGCAAGCGUGAAAACUUCCCUGAAGAACUUAAAGUUGAUGAAAAUGAAAAUUAA